CAGUAGUCGGUAGCGCGUUCGCUGGUGUUUCUUCUUCUCUCUUUUUUCUCUUUUCUUAGCCGUAAAGGCGAACUUUCUUUUCUCCUUCUCCCUGUUACUACUACCUUACUACAUACCUUACUAUACUAAAUAUUUUUCUAUUUUUUCCUCAUCUCGCUUUACACCUAUUUUAUUUAUUUAUUUAUUCUUUUUUUUUCUCCCUGUUUGUGCGAGAAAAAAAAAUUAAUUUUUCUCCUCGAUUUCUUGUACUAUCGCGCGCGAUUUUUAUUCGUCUAUUUUCACGUAUUUAUUACACUACUUAUCGUAAUUUUUCUAGUGCAAUUUUUCUCUCUUUUUUCGGUGUCGUUCGCGUUGCUUUUAUUUUUCACCCCCCUUACUGCUGAAAAAAUCGCGUCUCUAUUUUCGUUGUCGCGAAAUUUCUACAUCUUUAAUUUUUUUUUGUUCAAAAAAAAAACUUGAAUUUUUAUUUCAAUCUUCGCGUAUAUUUUUUGUUCAAUUUCUUCACGUUCUCUAUCGCGUAUUAUCAAUCGUUGCCGGAGUGUGUAAAUUCGGUGUGUUAGUUCGAAUGUUGUUGCGGAAUUCAGUCAUCGUGGAUCGUCGACUGCAAAAAUGCCUCGCUGUCUAAUGGCCAAAAAGUGGAAAGUGUAUCCUUGGUCGGCUACGACCGCUGCCUCAACAAGUGUGGCAGCGGCGGUCGAAACAUCAGCUGUGGCUGCUGCUGCAUUGGCUCUAAAUGGGGCACAUCAUCAUCUGCACGAGAAAUUAAUCGUGCCCGAGGCUCACGUUGAAGAAGACAGAUUGGCUAAUAAAAAACCAUCUCUAUGCCAUGCUAAUACCGAAGAGGACGACGACGAAGAGGAAAUCGACGUUGUAACCAUACAACAAAAUUCCUCGGAUGAUAAACCACCACCUCAAAUUUUGCAAUACCAACAACAACAGCAACAGCAGCAACAAUCUAGUCAAGAAGGUGAACCGACAACUACCACUUCAUCAGUGACCAUUGGCAGCAGUACUGCAGGUAGUCAAACGGUCAUCGAGCAUACUCCCCUGCCACCUCAAAAUUAUUACCAAACUUCGGCCGAAGAUUACCCCUUGGGUGAGAAUCAACACGUUGUACUGGAUGGCAAAUUAAUGAUACCUGUGACUUCUUCGUCGUCGUCUUCAUCAUCUUCGUCGUCAUCGUCGUCGUCAUCUCAAGGUCCACAGCAGUUGCUGCCUUCGGUUAUUCAACAGCAUACUAGUCAUCCUACGCCUCAGAUUAGACUUACGUCGGUUAUUCAUCAUGGUGCGUCGUUUAUACAGACGAAUUCGUCGAUGCAGCAAAGUGGCCAGGGGCAAGCUGGAAUGCAUCAUUCGGCGUCUCCUAUGCAGCCUCAGUCGGCUUGGGGACCGUCGAGUCCGACCGAAGGAGCAACAGCUCCUAGUCCGCCGCCUCAUAUUCAACAUUCGAGCGAUUCUGAUGUGACUACUAUUCAUUAUAAUGGUUACUCAACAGCUUCAGACAUCAACCACUACUCAGCAUUCCUGCCAUCAGAUGGCACCACCGGUACAUCUCGUUCGUACGCCACUCUGCAAUCACCAAACGAAUCUCGAGCCGCAGCCGCCGCCGCCGUAGCAGCUGCCGCAGCCGCCCUAGCCACAGGCAAUCCGAACCUGGCAGCAUCUCCGGUCUCACCAUCCGGUUCAACAUCUCCUACAAGCAGUAUCGGGUCAUCGAGCAGCAGUAGCAGCAGCAGUAGUAGUAGCGGUGGCACUCCACGUACCAGAUCUCUCGCCAUGUGUUUCACGAGCACCGGAGCUGCUCUAUCGUUACCACCUAAGAAGAAAGAUAUUUACAGACCGUAUUCGUUAGAUGAUCGACCUUCGGUACGUUGGAGGCCUCCGGAAGAUCUCACAGCUGCCCACGCUAUCCUCGACUUGAGCGCAUCUCCACCAGCUCCAGCCCCUUUACAGCAGCAGCAGUCCAAUAACCAGCAGCAAGCACAGUCCGGGCAUUCGAAUAGUAACGGGCCAGCUUCGGUUAAGACCAUUAUACCUGGUAAGCCAACGCAGACGAAGACAAUCGCUUACACUUACGAGGCAUUCUUCGUCAGCGAUGGUCGAUCUAAGAAGAAGAGUUUAUCGGUAGAUGGAUCUAGUCUGGCAGCCUCUACAGUGGCCGGUAUAGGAGGCGGGAUUACUGCCCAGGCUGUGGCUACAGUCGGUGACCAGCGACCUAAAUACACGUGUUCUGAGUGUGGCAAGCAGUACGCCACUUCUUCGAAUCUAUCUCGGCAUAAACAGACGCAUCGAAGUCUGGAUUCGCAAUCGGCGAAGAAAUGUGUUACCUGUGGCAAAGCCUACGUUAGUAUGCCAGCCUUAGCCAUGCAUCUGCUAACCCAUAAGCUCAACCAUGCUUGUGGUAUCUGCGGAAAGCUGUUCUCAAGACCUUGGCUGCUGCAAGGUCAUCUUAGAUCACACACCGGUGAGAAACCUUACGGAUGUGCUCAUUGUGGCAAAGCUUUCGCAGACAGGUCUAACCUGAGAGCACAUAUGCAGACCCAUUCAACCGAUAAGAACUUCGAAUGUACCAGAUGCCAUAAAACAUUCGCCCUCAAGUCGUACCUGAAUAAGCAUCUAGAGUCUGCUUGCGUUGGCGAUACGAACGAAUGUAGCACUGCCAUGUCUCCAACCAAUCAAGUUCCCACCAUAACGCAUCUUCGAUAAUCCAUCGUGCAGCCCCACUCAAGAUGGAUAUGGAUCCCAGAUCGAGCCACUGAAGAUGAAACCCGGUAUCCAGCAAUGGUUAAUACGCGUACCUACUAUAUUCUUAUACUAUUUAUUUUCAAUUGUGUAUUUUGUUUUUAUUUUUUUUUUCUUGUCUUCUCUAAUUAUUUUUUUCGUUGUGUUUAUUUUUUGCCCCCCGAUUUUUUCCCCCUCGUCAUUUACAACGUAUUUUAAUCUAGUCUUCUCUCUAGUCUUAAGACUAAUAUUCAUUCCUCUUCAGUCAUUCCUGUUUUUAAUCUAAUUCUAGUCUUAUACGCGAGUCAGCUUAUAUACUAUUUUUUCUCUCAAAACUUUUUCUCGUCGUUUGUCUCAUACUUACUACUAUACUAUGUCUUGUCUCUCUAUGUCUCUAUUUAUUAUGGGUCUAUCUCGGCUUAUCCUUGUUAUAUUGUGUACUUGUACUAUGUACUUAAUCUUGACAACUACUACUUUUUUCUCUCGUCUUUUUACCUAUACUCUUUACCUAUCGUCGUCUCCUCCUUUUUUUUCGAUAUAACUAUACUAUUGAAAGGAACAACUUUUUCUCUAUAGUCUGUCUAUUUUUCUUCAAGUAUCGACUUCUUUAAAGAACAGACCUUUUUUUUCUCUUCUUCUUCUCCUAUACAUAUACUUAUAAAAUGUCUAACUACGUAAACAAAAAUCUGUGAUACAACACCAAAAUUCCGCUAAUAAGUAUAGUAUAUCUAAGUAAAAAAAUGUACAUGUGGGUGUUUUUUUAUACGUAAACCUAAUAAUUAACCUACCGGUAUUCCUUAUUGAUUUUUUUUUUAGCGUGUAGAGGGGUAAUCUGUACCGUAUUAUUUCUCAGUCUCUGUGUCAUACUUAUUGAUGCACACGCGAUUUGAAAACAUUUUUAUAGAAAUUAUAGGAUAAUAUUUUGGAAAAAAUACUAUAAGGAAUAGGUGACAUAAAAAUGUCAUUUUUUUUACAUUUUAUUAUUUUAUUGUGUAUAGUGUAAUUUUUUUCCAAUUUUUAUCGAGUAUGUAUAGACACGAGUAUAUAAGUUACUAGUAACCCAGAUAUACAUAGGUGAUAAAGAUGGGAUAUGUAUAGGUAUAGAAAGUCUUGUUUUUAUUAUUUAAAUUACAGUUCCAUGGCUGAGGUCCACGUAGAUGUGAUAAUCGAGCCAAUUAUAAUCGACAAAAUAAAUGAAAAUAAAGAGAGAAAAAAUAGA